AUCCGCCUCCCGGAGAUGGUCAUGACGCUGAACAUUUUUUCCACCAGCGGGCUUCUCUCACCUCUCUUUCCCAACAGUGUCCCGCUGAGAAGUCUCCCCAGUUCUUAGGCUUUCUGUCUGCGUCCUGAGUUUGCUCCCUCCUCCCAGGUGUACAUUCUCCACCUGGGUAGGAAGAUGAUUCGUGCCCAGAAGCCUAACAGGCUCUUUCCUAUCUCCCGGGGGUUUCGGCCAUUGCCGGUGUUGGCCCAGGGCUGUCACCCACACACUUCCUCCUCGAGGGGCCAGGCCUCCUCCCACGUUCAAAGGAGCGGCUGCUGCCCCACAGCGCGGUGGCCUUUCCCAGGGCCGGGGUGGGCGGGGGCGAGGUGGGCAAGGCCACUGGGGGCACCGUGGUCUCCUGGCGGCUCCGCCCUGGUAAUGAGGGCCCAGGCGUGCAGUCGAUCCUUUGAAGAUGUGUCCAGAAGCUUUCCCCUGGUGAUCAAUGACAGGAGCCCAGAGUCCUGCUUUAGCCAAAUGACACGCUUGGCCUCUUUUAUGAGGAAAGGAACUCCUUAUUGGAAACUAAAUUACAAAUUAAUUGGCAGCUUCCUCUGAGGCUGAGUCUAAACAUCAACACCACCCCCUGAUGACUUUCUAGCGUAAACCCCCUCACUCCAAGGGUAUAAAAGGGCCUGGACGGGAUGGGGUCUGCAGGUGCUGGUGAUCCAGGCAGCUGAGGAGAAAGGGCCUCCCCGACAUGACAUCAGCCUGCUCACCUGCCUCUGUCAAGGGCGGCCCACGGCCCUCCUCCGUCUGCUCUGGCAGCAUGAACUGCCGGCCGGAGCUGUGCCCGAGUUACGUCUGCCAGCCCGCGACCUGCACGCCUUCCGUCUGCAUGCCCACCACCUACCGGCCGGCCAGCUGCUUCCCCAAGACCUACGUGUCCAGCUCCUGCCGACCCAGCAGCUGCCGGCCAUCCGGUAGCAUCUCCAGCCCCAUGGGUCCCUGCGGCUGGUACUGUGAAGGGACCUUCAAUGGCCACGAGAAGGAGACCAUGCAGUUCCUGAACGACCGGCUGGCCAACUACCUGGAGAAGGUGCGGCAGCUGGAGCAGGAGAACGCCAGCCUGGAGAGCAAGAUCCAAGAGGCCUGCCAGUCCCAAGCGCCUGUCAUGUGUCCUGACUACCAGUCUUACUUCAGGACCAUUGAGGAGCUGCAGCAGAAGGUCCUGUGCACCAAGGCGGAGAACGCCAGGAUGGUCGUGCACAUCGAUAACGCCAAGCUGGCUGCCGACGACUUCAGGACCAAGUACGAGACGGAGCUGGCCCUGCGGCAGUUGGUGGAGGGCGACACCAACAGCCUGCGCAGGGUCCUGGACGAGCUGACCCUGUGCAAGGCCGACCUGGAGGCGCAGGUGGAGUCCCUGAAGGAGGAGCUGCUCUGCCUGAAGAAGAACCACGAGGAGGAAGUCACUGCCCUCCGAGGCCAGCUUGGGGACCGGCUUAACAUUGAGGUGGAUGCCGCGCCCCCCGUGGACCUGAACAGGAUGCUGGAAGAGAUGCGGUGUCAGUACGAGACGGUGGUGGAGACCAACCGCAGGGAUGUGGAGCAGUGGUUCAACAUGCAGAUGGAGGAGCUCAACCAGCAGGUGACCACGAGCUCUGAGCAGCUGCAGACCUACCAGUCAGACAUCAUUGACCUGAGACGGACGGUCAACACGCUGGAGAUCGAGCUGCAGGCCCAGCACAGCCUGAGGGACUCGCUGGAGAACACGCUGACGGAGACCGAGGCCCGCUACAGCGCCCAGCUGGCCCAGAUACAGUGCCUGAUCACCAAUGUGGAGUCCCAGCUGGCGGAGAUCCGGGCUGACCUGGAGCGGCAGAACCAGGAGUACCAGGUGCUGCUGGAUGUGCGGGCCCGGCUGGAGUGCGAGAUCAACACGUACCGGGGCCUGCUGGAGAGCGAGGACUGCAGGUUGCCCUGUAACCCGUGCUCCACGCCCUCGUGUGUCCCCUGCGCGCCCGCCCCGGCCGUGCCCCACACCGUCUGCGUGCCCCACACCGUCUGCGUGCCUUGCGUGCCCUGUCCCCAGACCCGCUACUGAAGUCCUUCCGUGCCGGUGGAUGCCAGAGGGGCCAGAGCUGGGCAGCUGGCACCUCCACAGGCUGAGUCUGGCCUCCAAUCAGCGGCCACCCACUGAGAUAGCUGGGCCGGCACGGCCAGCAAGAAAGCCCCGGCCCCCCAACGCUUAGAAACGGCCUCUCUCUUUUCCAUGAGCUAAUUGUCUCUGAUGUUUCUGGUUCCCUGCUGCCCCAAGAGCACGCGUUCAGUCAGCUGGCCAAUAAAGCCUCAUCCCGCGGCGCUGC